GCAGUGCGGGGUGGCGGCGGGCGGCGCGCGGGGCGGAGCGGGGGCGCGCACAGGAGCUGCGGCGCGAGCGGCGGCGGGCGCGCACCGAGGCGGCGCCGCGUGUCCCUCCGGCCCCAGCAGCGCGCGGGACCCCGGGCCCUGCGCCCUCCUCCGCACCGCGGACAGACCCCCGCCCGCAGCAAAAUGGGGAAACAAAAUAGUAAGCUGGCCCCUGAGGUGAUGGAGGAUCUGGUGAAGAGCACGGAGUUCAAUGAACACGAGCUAAAACAGUGGUACAAAGGAUUUCUAAAGGACUGUCCAAGUGGUAGACUGAACCUUGAGGAGUUUCAGCAGCUCUACGUGAAAUUCUUUCCAUAUGGAGAUGCUUCUAAGUUUGCCCAGCACGCCUUCCGAACCUUUGAUAAAAAUGGAGACGGGACCAUUGACUUCAGAGAGUUCAUUUGUGCCCUGUCCAUCACCUCACGAGGCAGUUUUGAGCAAAAGCUGAACUGGGCCUUCAACAUGUACGACUUGGAUGGUGAUGGUAAAAUUACAAGAGUGGAAAUGCUGGAAAUUAUAGAGGCCAUCUACAAAAUGGUGGGCACUGUGAUAAUGAUGAAAAUGAAUGAGGAUGGCCUGACGCCUGAGCAACGGGUAGACAAGAUCUUCAGUAAGAUGGAUAAGAACAAAGACGAUCAGAUCACACUGGAUGAGUUCAAAGAAGCUGCAAAGAGUGAUCCGUCCAUUGUAUUACUCCUGCAGUGUGACAUUCAAAAAUGAGCUCGUGUACGACGCGUCAUAGACUGCACAGAAGUUUAAUGUUCCAUUCAGUUUGCAGCUAUUUCCACACACACAAAAAUUUGCUUGGACUACCUAUAAAUGGACUUGCUUCUUGUGUUUGAAACACUUGUGUGCAUGAGAAUGUCAUUUGCUAAAGAAUUUUAAAAGUAUAUAUUAUAAAAAUAAACUGCCACAACGUGAUGUGUGCAAUGUCAUUUCAUAACAACCCUCUUCCUCUGAAUCCUGUGCAGCAGGCCUGUGCUGCAGUGAAUUAUAUUAUUUAUUGUUCAUGUUUUACUGAUGCUAGCUCUGUGUCUCCUAGACUGAGUAAUGUUAGUGACACUGAAUUCCCAUGGUAAUGUUAACUGUUUAUUAUAAAUCAUGUCACCAUUCUGCUGUAAAGUAGUACUGGACAGACAGAAGGGAAGAGCUCCUCAGCUCCCAAGUCUGGUCCACACGUGCUUGUAUUGUCAGUGGGUAUAAAUGUACUUCAUUUGCAUGCCUUUUAGGUUUGCCUUAAUUCUUACCUCAUUUGCAUCCCUUCAAUAUGGAAAGAGCUAUGUCAGAGGAAUGCAGUAUAUUAAAAAAAAAAAGAAAAUCCUGCUAAAAUUAACCCUUUAAUUAAGAAUAUAUAUAAAUAUAUAUAUAUAUAAUGUUUAAAAUAUUGUUUUAUUGCAAGUUUAAAGGUUUUAUUGGAAGUGUAUUGAUCUUUGCCAGAAUUUUCAAAAGCUUCUACAGAGGUUGCAAUAUAUAUGUCCCAAAAUAAAUUUAUAACAUUUGACCUUUUCCCCUAAUUCUUAUUUCAUGUCUUCAGCAUGGUAAUAAAAAAAGAAAAAGUUCAA